CGUUGAUCACCAAUAUUCUAUCAUGAUCCCCUACUAACGAAACACUAUGAACUUCUACUUGAUUUUUCUCCUAAUCCUUCUAGUCUCCCUCUCCCAUGAUCUCUUUGCUCACUCAAGUUUGGCCACAAGAAAAGUACAAGAUGAGGAUACCAAGACUAAGGUAGCAAGAGAAUCAUCAAAUGAUUUCCGGGUCAAGCAGCUCUACUAUUCAUCAUCUGUUGAAGGAAAUCAUCAUCAUGUCAAAAGGAAAGCGUUGCAGCUCUACUAUUCAUCAUCUGUUGAAGGAAAUCAUCAUCAUGUCAAAAGGAAAGCGUUGCACGAAGUACAUUCAGGAGCAAAUCCUGUCAGUAAUUCUAUAAAUUCCUCAGCGAUCGAAGAAGUACCUAGUAAUCGUAUGACUCUUAUUUUCUUUAUCAUAUAUGUUUCUUUCUUUGCAUAUUAGCUAGCUAGCUGGUUCAAAUUGCAUAAAGAUUAAUUUAUCUUUCUUCUUCUUUUUUUCAAAGAUACACUCUUCAUUUCGUUCAAAACUAAAGUAAUACUGUACCGCUUUCAACCCGACGUGAAGAUGUCAAUUCACGCACUGUAAAGUUUUUUAAAGUAGUGUGAAUGACAAAUUAAAGCA